AUGGCCGCGGCGAUGGCCGCCGCGAUGCCCCUAGAUCGCACGGCGGGACCCUUCGCCGUUCCCGCCGCGUUCGCCGCGGCGGACCCGACGCUCCUCCUGCCGACGGUACCCCGCGCACCCGCGCCCCUCAAGUUCUCCGCGCAGACGCCGUCGAGAAUCAUCAAGGGAUGCUGGCAGCUCUCGGGCGGGCACAGGGGGGACCCGGCGUCGGACAGGACGUCCGGCGCCGCGGCGGUGGACGACUUCGCAUCCUUCGUCGCCGCGGGGAUCGACACCUUCGACACCGGCCCGGAGGCGUGCGGCUACGGCCCGUCCGAGCUCGUCAUCGGCGAGGCGCUGAAACGCGGAACCAUCGCGCGCGACGACGUGAAGAUCUUCACCAAGCUGUGCUGCGUCGGGCGCGAGCAGGGCAACAUGACGAACGACUGGGUGACGCAGAAGCUCGACCUACCCAUGCGCAGACUCGGCGUCAAGAGCCUGGACCUGGUGCAGAUGUACUGGAACGACUACGGACAGAAGGGCUACGUAGACGCCGCGCUCUUCCUCACAGACGCCAAAGCCGCCGGAAAGAUCGGCGCCGUGGGUUUAACAAACUUUGACACCAAGCGCAUGGCCGAGAUGGUGGACGCGGGGGCGGAGAUCUGCUCGAACCAGAUCCAGUUCUCCCUGCUCGACCGCCGGCCGUUACGCGCGAUGACUGGGUACUGCGGAAAGAACGGGAUCUCGUUGCUGCCGUACGGCGUCGUGGCGGGCGGUUUCCUGUCGGAUGCGUUUUUGGGCUUGGACGGUUCGGACGUGACGCUCGAUACCUCCUCAAAGCGCAAGUACGCGUCCGUCAUCGGCUACGCGGGUGGAUAUAAGUGGUUCCAGACGCUUCUGGAAACGCUCCGGUCGGUAGGGGACAAGCACGGCGGGGCGAGUAUAAGCAACGUCGCGUCGCGGUGGGUGCUGGAUUCGAACGACGUAACGCCGGCGAUCAUCUUGGGAGCUCGCAACGCGUCGCACGUGGACGAUCACAGGCGGAUGUUCACGUUCGAGCUCGACGCGGAGGACAAGGCGGCGAUCGAGGCGGUGCUCGCGCGGGGAAAGGCGCCGAGCGCGGAUUGCUACACGUGGGAGCGCGGAGGGCCGUGGUGAAUUUGUUUUUGGGAGGAAAACUCCGUACCGGUG